UUCGCAUGAAUGUGAACGCGAACACCGGCGAUACAUUAUUACGUCCAGGUUCGACAUGUUCAUAGUAGCUCGCGUACCCCCAGGGUAGCUAUCAAAAGCCGACCUGUAAAACAGCUUACACCUUACGACUUACAUAUGGCGAGAGCCCCGCAGCCAUCGGCGUUUGAAUGUCGCAAGUGUCGGCAAUUCCACCGUCACGGCGUUUCCGCCGCGCCGCCAGGCUAAUGACAGCACUGGGCGGAGCUCCUCUAUUGAACCGGUGGGACCAAGCACAUCGGAAUGCCGUAACCGGAACGGUUCCGAAAGCGUGGGAGGAGGGGCAGCUCUUCAUCUAGAGUUGAUUGCGGCUGUUCAUAUUUUGUUAGAUACUUCUCAGACAAAAUCGCGCAAUCACCCAGUUGCCGACCUCUCUCGCUGUCCUCCAUCGUUCACACCACGCCGUCGCAAUGGCCCCAGAUCUCUCACAAAAUCGCUGCCUCAAGAUCGUUACUCACGCUGCGAAGAACAAGUAUGCAGUCCCCGCUAUUUGCUGCUACAACAUCGAGUCCAUCAUCGCGAGUGUCAAGGCCGCCGAAGCCAAAAAUUCUCCCGUGAUCGUCCAGCUCUUCCCAUGGGCAAUCCACUUCGCUGGUGGCAUUCUCGUCCAUGCUGCGAAAGAGGCCGCGGAUAAUGCCAAGGUGCCGGUAGGUGUACACAUGGACCAUGCUCAGACACCCGAGAUUGUCAAGAAGGCGGCGGAUCUUGGUGGCUUCGACGGUAUCAUGGUCGACAUGUCGCACUACGAGAAAGAAGAGAAUUUCCGCCUGACGAAGGAACUGGUUCAGUACUGCAACGAAAGGGGUAUCAUUACCGAGGCGGAGCCGGGCAGGAUUGAUGGAGGUGAAGACGGUGUAGGCGAUGUGUCCGCGCUGGGUCUGGAGGCUAUCCUUACGACGCCCGAGCAGGCUGAAGAAUUCGUCUCCCUGGGCAUCAAUUGGCUUGCUCCUGCAUUUGGCAACGUCCAUGGCAAGUACGGGCCAAAGGGGCCACAGCUCGACUAUGACAGAUUGAGUCGUGUCCACAAGCAGGUCGGAGAUAGAGUCGACCUCGUGCUCCACGGUGCGGGCACGGAGUGGUUCAGCAACAAGGAAAUGCUGCAGAGCGUGAUCCAGCGCGGAGUCGCCAAAAUCAACCUCAAUGACGCCAUCAACAAUGACUUCACGAGAGUAAUGGCCGAGAAGGCGUCGAACACGCCUUUAACAACGUUGCUGGAAGACGCAACAAAUGCGAUGCAGAAGGCUGUCGAGGACCAUAUGGAUUAUAUGGGCUCGACCGGGCAGGCGUGGUGAUUAUCGAAUUUACAAUACUCCUUCAUGUAGAUACCAAUGCUCACGCCGUCUCCUUGAGAGAUCCUGUCCAUA